AUGUUGUCGACUUCUGUCUCUUAUUUGGCGGCCAUCUCUUUGCUGACCCAGGGCAUCCUAGCUCAGCAAGAACAGGGCAAUGUCAUCACCAGCGAUACUCACUUCUACGGCCAGUCCCCGGCAGUCAUUCCAACACCGGACCUUUCUGAGACUGGGCCUUGGGCCAUCGCUGUAGCCAAAGCCAAGGACUUGGUGUCCCAACUAACACUUGAAGAAAAGGUCAACUUGACUUCAGGGGCCCAGACAACCACCGGCUGUUCCGGAUUUAUACCGGGCAUUUAUCGUGUUGGGUUCCCUGGACUGUGCUUGGCCGAUGCUGGAAAUGGCGUCCGAAACACAGACUACGUGAGCUCAUGGCCAUCCGGUAUUCAUGUUGGUGCCAGCUGGAACCCCGAUUUGACCUACAGCCGAAGUUACUACAUGGGCUCAGAGGCCAAAGCCAAAGGCGUUAACGUUCUGCUUGGUCCGGUAUUUGGACCGCUGGGUCGGGUAAUUGAAGGUGGACGCAACUGGGAAGGCUUCUCUAAUGAUCCUUAUCUUGCUGGCAGACUGGGUCAUGAGGCUGUCGCUGGUAUUCAAGAUGCAGGCGUCAUUGCGUGCGGGAAGCAUUUCAUCGCUCAAGAGCAAGAGACCCACCGGCUUGCAUCGCGCGUCACUGGAGCCGAAUCUGUAUCCUCAAAUCUCGACGACAAGACAUUGCAUGAGUUAUACUUAUGGCCUUUCGCAGAUGCAGUACAUGCAGGACUUGCCAACGUUAUGUGCAGCUACAACAGAGUGAAUAACUCGAAUGCCUGCCAAAACUCGAAGCUUCUCAACGGAGUCCUCAAGGGCGAGUUGGGUUUCCAAGGUUUUGUUGUCUCCGACUGGGGUGCACAGCAGUCUGGUAUGGCUUCGGCAUUGGGGGGCCUUGAUGUUGUAAUGCCCAGCUCUAUACUAUGGGGAGCCAAUCUUACCCUCGGUGUUAACAACGGGACGGUUCCUGAAUCACAAGUCGACAACAUGGCUACCAGAAUUCUUGCAACAUGGUACCAGCUGAACCAAGACAAAGACACUCUAGCACCUGGCCAUGGUCUUGCUAAGGACCUUUGGGCUCCCCAUCCCGUUGUAGACGCUCGUAACAAGAGCUCCAAGCCGACGCUCUGGGAUGGUGCCGUGGAAGGCCACGUUCUGGUCAAGAACACCAACAAGACCCUGCCCCUCAAAUCCAACCUGAAGCUCGUCUCCCUGUUCGGCUAUUCACACAAAGCCCCCGACAAGAACAACCCUGAACCCGCCACCGGCAUGUUUUCCGCUUGGGCCAUCGGCGCCCAGUCUGCAAACAUCACCGAGCUGAAUGGUGGUUUUCUCGGAAACCUUAACCUCACAUACUCAGCCAUCGCGCCCAACGGAACCAUUGUAUCUGGUGGAGGCUCUGGUGCCAACGCUCCGAGCUGGAUAAGCUCUCCCUUUGACGCAUUUGUCUCCCGGGCUAAGAAGGAUGACACUGCGCUUUUCUGGGAUUUUGAAAGUUGGGAUCCUAUCGUCAAUCCCACUUCUGAAGCCUGCAUCGUUGCUGGAAAUGUGUGGGCCAGCGAAGGCUGGGACAGACCUGCUGUCUACGACGACUAUACCGAUAGUCUGAUCAAUAACGUGGCAGACAAAUGUUCAAACACUAUCGUGGUUCUUCACAACGCCGGAACGCGACUCGUUGAUGCCUUUAUCGACCAUCCUAAUGUCACUGCUGUCAUCUACGCACACCUCCCUGGACAGGACAGUGGCGAUGCACUCAUCUCCUUACUCUACGGCGACGAGAACCCUUCCGGUCGCCUGCCAUACACCGUUGCCCGCAACGAGACGGACUACGGUUCACUACUAAAGCCAGACUUGACUCUUGCUCCUCACCAGUACCAACAAUUUCCUCAAUCUGACUUUGCCGAAGGUGUUUUCAUCGACUACAAACAUUUCGAUGCGAAGAACAUCACACCCCGCUUCGAGUUUGGCUUUGGAUUGAGCUACACAACCUUUGAGUACACCGAUCUUCAGAUUUCCAACUCUGCCGCUCAGACACAGGAAUAUGCCACUGGCAGUGUUUCCGAGGGCGGACGCUCAGAUUUAUGGGAUGUAGUUGCGACUGUGUCGGCUAAUGUUACCAACACCGGAGACGUUAACGGUAAGGACGUCGCCCAGCUGUACAUCGGCACUCCCGGAGCUGAUGCCCCCGUGCGACAACUUCGAGGGUUCAAGAAGCCGACCAUCAAGGCAGGAGAAACAGUCAACGUGGUUUUCGAGCUUACUCGAAGGGAUUUGAGUGUUUGGGAUGUCACUGCACAGGAGUGGCAGCUCCAGAAGGGCGAUUAUGCUGUGUCCGUGGGACGAAGUAGUCGUGAUCUUCCUCUGUCGGGCACAUUGACCAUCAGCUAG